GCAGAGGCGGGGGCUGCCCCUGCCCUCAAAUCCCUGGGCAGGGCGAGCCCUUCAUAAAGCAGCGCGGAGGCAGCAGCGCGCCUAGCCCGCUCGACGCGAUGGAAACGGGCGGGUGCCGCAUGAGCGGCGCGGAGCCGAGCGCCCCGGCCAUGAUCACGCUGGAGGACCUGGACGGGAUGGCGGAGGAAAGCGCCGACUCUGCGUACCACAGCAACGGCAGCAGCCUGGAGGAGGAGGCCGAGCGCAUGGAGGACGAGGAGCAGGAACGGCUGCUGAGCUACUGGCAGAGCGUGGGCAGGGGGCACCAGGUGGACGUGCCCCGGGACAUGGCAGAGCCAAUUCAGCAGCUGACUCGAAAUAACAAUCCCCAGGAGAGACAGACCAUCCCAUUUACGGUGAUCCAGCGCAAAGAAAAGCUUGGAGAUCUGCUUUAUGAAAAACGUCAGUAUGGAAAAGCCAAAUGGGCUUGUAUAAAAAUGAAAGAAAAGCAGUACGAACAGAGCAUAUGCCUUGGAUUCAUGAAGCUUAUGAGGUACAUUUGUGAGCAGAAUUCCUCAGGACUGUACUUGGGGAUAACAAUACCCAUUGUGACCAUAGUCCAUACAAACGAAGCUCAAUCGGAGAUGACCCAGUCAGUGACAGUAGCGUACUACCUGCCGGAAGUGCUGCAGGAUGAGCCCCCUCAUCCUUUUGACUCUGACAUAAUCAUCGAAGAAUGGCCUUCUACUAUUGUUUAUAGUAGGAGCUUCAGAGGAAUCAUCAAUGAAGACGCUAUAAUGAGAGAAAUAAACCUGUUGGCAGAAAUUCUGGAGAGUCCUGAGUUAUGUUUGCAGGAUACAUUCAUCAUUGCAGGAUAUACAAAUCCAGCUGCUGCCAAUCGGCACAACGAGAUAUGGUUCCUUCAAAGACCAUAGCCUCCCAUUCCUGAUGCUCGGCAGUCACAAGAAUCAGUUCUGAUUUACUGGCAGAAUCUUACAGGUGAAUCACGUGAGACUAGAUGUCAAACCCUCCAAGAUUUUAGAAAUGUGGCUUUUAGCCAGUUGAGCAAGGCAAUCAGUCCAGCUUAAUAAUCAAACAGAGGUAACACCUGAAACAUGCAUGGUUUCCUAUGUCAACUUCUACAGUUCUUACAAAUUUUAAUGGAGAUUAUUAGCACUUUAAAAGUUAGUUCACCUUAUUUAUUUUUUUUGGCAAGAUAGGGGAGACAGAGACCUCUCUCCUCACCCACUUAUUAGCACCUCUAGACCACUUGUGGCUUGGGACAGUCCUAGGAGACAUCCUGGAGCUCUGCUCUGGGCACCUAGUGCUGCACCAGCUACGUGAACACCCUGCUGGGGCUUUCAGUGGGACAUCCAUUAAAACCACCUCACACAUGCAGGCUAUACUUCAGAAAAAGAAUGUUCAGGUCUUAAUUUCUGAUGAGAACCACCAGAUUUAGACACUGGGACUAAACCAAGGAGUAAGAGUAGGCCAGUGCUGACUGCUUUUAAUAUUAUCUGUGGCGCAGAGAUUCUUAAUGCUUACCUCAAAAAGCAUUCAACCAAAGUACUUUUAACCUUGAGAAGAGACUAAGAAGGCAGAACAGUCCUAAUACUCAUUAAAGUUUUGAUAGCAAAAGUUACAGGUUACCUUAAUCACACACUCAUAGCAAUCCCAUGACUAUAUUUGGCAUUCCUAAAUAGAAAGUGGUUAUUCUUAACUCUUCAGUUUUCUGACCACUUUCAUCUUACAACUUUGCUGAAUGUUAAAACACUGCAGCUGAAGUCAUUUGUUCAGUACUUUUUACACUCUUCUGGCAGUACCACACUACUAAUGUUAUAAAAUAUACAAAUAUUUCACAGAAUCACAGAAAAAGUUAAGCUCGAAGCGACCUCUGGCAGUCACCUGGUCCACCCUCUGCUGCGCUGCUGGCAGAGCAGGCUGCUCAGGGCCUCGCACAGUUGAGCAUCUCCAGGGAUGAGGAGCCCAUAACACCUCUGGGCCCUGUUCCAGUAUUUGACCACCCUCACUGUGAGAAUUUUUCUUCCUAAUAUCUAAUUUUCCCUGUUGCAGCUUGUUUCUUUGACCCCUAUCCAUAUGAUAAUUCUUGAAGUGGACAACUGUUAAUCUAGCACGCAUAGUUCUACACGCAUCAGAAGGUCUGAAACCCGCACUCACGCUUUGCUACAUACUACAGUACUGCACUUUAGAAUCAGGGUAGAAAACAGUUUUGUUCUCAAAAAUUCCUUUUUAAUGUCUCCCCUUACAGAUAUGAUGGUAGAGUUUAAUCUUAAUACUUAAUAGAAGUAAAUGUUUUUUUAUAUAAAAUUUCAUUAAGUACAUCACUAGCAUUAUUUAUUGAUUAUAUGAUUUAGGCUUUAAAUAGAGCUUUUGUGUUACUCAGUUACAACAUAUAAAACAGCAGUCAGAGGCAGUGUCUGCUAGCUUACAGUACUGUUCAUUGGCAAACAAAACGGAUUUAUGUCAUACUUCCGACUGAAUAAAUGUACAGGUCUCGAACUUUAAGCCUCCUGGUUCCACAAGACUCUCUGCUGCACAAAACUGACUUUAUGCUCAACCUAAACCCUCUUGCUCAGCAGCAGGACCAGAGGGUGCUGGCUGGCCCUGCUGACUGUGCUUAAGCGUGCCCAAGGUGCUCUCUGGUGGUUGCUGCCCAGAGAUUCCUCGGGGAGGCAGGAAGGAGAAGCCACAAAGCUAUCAAAGCUGGUUUGCAGGUGACAGCACAAAUGCUUGUACCAGUUGUGGCCACAGCUAGGAACCACUUUGUCUGAUGUGCCAAUUUAAAGGCACGUCAAAGUAUUUCUUACUUAACAGAAUGAGACAAUGAAGGUACCUGUCAUGUGUCUCAAUUUGUUCAAGAUACAGGAUCAUAGUCAGGAAAAAAAAUAAUCAGACUUCUUUUUCAAUAUGUUGAAUUGUUUCCUGUUUGAUUUUUAUUUAUUUUGCUUUUUAUUUAUUUUUAACGUUUUCUCAGAUUGUUGGAAAUGCCAGCCAGUAUUAAAGUAAAAGCUAACAAAUUAAUGGAAAACAAUAAAAAGUUUUUUAAAAAUCAAGUUGAGUAGAAGACUCAGGGAGGCAUCAGAUAACAGGUUUUGUUUUGCCCUCACCGCCCCCCCAAGAUUUUUAUAAGAGCAAGUAAAAACAAUUUUUGCCUUUGACAAGUUUUUAUGGCAAAUGAAAGAAGUUUCUGCAAUUUGAUUGCUUUUGCCAGUUAUAGAAAUUAUUUUAAUGCUUUGGCACAACAAAUGUCAAAUAGCUAUUGGAAGUAGUUAAUUCCUCUCACCAUAAAGUACCAGUUUGUACAUACUUUACAUUUUAAACAUCUAUUUCAAAACACAUUUGCUAUAUCUUAUGUCUCUUUCCAUAAGCAAUCUUCACCUAAAUACUUCUGUGACUCAGCUACUUGUGGGUAUUUUAUAGAAACAUUCUUGUUAUUGAAAUAUAAAAAUAAGGUAUUUAUCUCAUGUGCUGAUAUCCUAACCACAGCAAAGUGUUCAGUGUUGUUUUAUGUAAAACUGUGAAUUCCAAGAUAGUAUUUAUUUUGACUUAUGUUAGAUGGCUUCUGCUGCUGAGAAAGAACCAAUUAAUCUUGAGUUUGAAGAUACACUUUAUGGCUAUGGAACAUCAUACCAACUUCUGAAAAUGGCCCACAUGAGCACGGGCACAAAGAAUUGCAGUUUUUAACUGACACACAAUAAAGUUUACUUAAUUAUACCAGUGAAUGCCAAGGAAAUGCAACUAUUACUCAAAUAUAUCAUUUUAGAAAGUUUGAAAACAUCACAUCAAGCGUGAUUACCUAACUUCUUUUAUCGGAAUAGGUAUUUCAUUAUUCAUCUGUGGCUCUACUUUGUAAGCCAUUAAUGAAUGGAUUUUGAUUUUUAAUUUGAAGCUAUUUGAUUUCCACUAUUCAAAGGAGAUAAUAAAACAGAAUUCACCCGUAUUUUUGGAAGAUUAAAUGACAUAGCCUUAACAGAUAAAUGUUGUCCUGCAUACUGUGUAUUUUUCGAGCAAGCAUUAGUGCCUAAAAAGUUUAUUCCAGCUAUUGUGAUACUCAGGGCCUUGCUUAUUGUAUGUAUUCAAAUAUAAACAUAAAUUUUCUGGCAUUGUUGCAUUGUGCUGUUUUACACUGUCCUUCAUUUUCACUGAAAUGUUGUCUUGUUUACUGUUACUGUUUGUCAAAAUUAAAGAUAAUUAUUUUAU